GAAUAAGUCAAUGAUGAAACAAUACGUGAUAUUUGAAAAUUGAGUCUUUCAAUAUUUUAUUCGUUUUUCGUUUCACAGUUCACUUGACAAAUACAUGAUUGAUAAAGAACACAUAUUGGCUGUUUUGUCAUUUAAAAUGUUGAUUUUCAUUUUAGUUGAAGCUUUAAUAGUACAAAUAAUAGAAAGUAACUCUUGUUACAGUAAAAAUGGUAACAAAAAUAACGUGUUUUCAUGUAAAGGAUGUACAGUUGUCCUUGAUUGUGCACUCAACAAAACUGAAACCAAGCCCGUGUGGUCAGCUCUGAAUAACCCAGCACUUAUGAACAACAAAAGACUACAAGUUAUUGAAAACUAUAGUUCAAAAUUGCAAGUAUCACAUUUAAUAAAGUCCGACGAAGAUACAUACUGCUGCUAUGCAAUCCGCAGAAAUGUUUCUGAACAGUACUGCACAUGGUUGCAAAUAAUAGAACUUGUUAUACUGCCAAAUGCCAACACGAUAGUUGGUAAUAGCGGUAGUACUUUUACUGUUACGUGUUCGAUUAAGAAUAUUAUUCCUGGAACAAAGAAUAUUUCGUGGAUCAAAAAUGGUGAAAUUGUUAAUUCGAGCACAUCAAAUACAUUAAGUUUGACGUUUUCCCUCACAAAAGAAAUUGACGAGCAGAAUAUAACAUGCAGAGCAGUUAUCGGUUGCAUUGAUUUGUCACUUGAGCGAGUCGUCAGAUUCAAUGUUACCUAUCCACCUAUUGUGAAAGUAACAGCUUUGCCGUCAUCAGAAUUAAAUGAAAAGGAUAACCUCAGUCUUUCCUGCAUAUAUGACUCGAAUCCGUUUCCAAGCUAUAUUACAUGGACAAAAAAUCAAAAUAACAUUUCACAUGAUGCGGAAUACACGAAAAUAAAUAUAUCAAGAGACGAAAAUGGUUUGUACGUUUGCAAUGUGUCGAAUUCAAUUGGAUAUGGAGUUGCCAAAGUGCAAAUACGUGUCUUCUAUCCCCCAAUGGUUGCUGUAGAACAACUGCAGAAUGGCUCACUAUUCUGCAAUGUAUCUGGAGUUCCAAAUAAUUAUAUAUUUUCCAAAUGGGAACACAGAUCUUCAAAUGGUGAUUAUUUGCACGAACUCGAUGAUAAUGCAUCACGUUUGCUUACUAUUGACGUACAAAGUGACAAACCGAUUUACACCUCUGAUGGCCGGUACUAUUGUGGAGUUAGCAAUGGAAUUCCAGACAAACACAAUAUUACUUUGCAAACUGGAUUUAUAGAUAUUUAUCUCCCUGGAAAACCUCAAUGCUGUUUUCAAACAUGCAAAAUAGAAGAUAAUAUACUUUGGAACAGUUCUGAUUCAGUCAUCAUAACUUUCGACGUAUAUAGCUUUCAUAUAACACAUUUCGAUUGGUACAGGGGAAACCAUAGUCUAAAUCAGACUUUGGAAUACGAAUUUACAACAAACCCAUCGAUAACCUCCGUAUCCAUAAACGGGGUUUUGGUUAGUCUAAAUACAACAAAAAUGUCACUGAAGAUAUCAAAUCUGACAGAAGCUCAUUUCAAAACUAAGUAUACAUUAUAUAUUUAUAAUGAGCAUGGGGAUUCAAGCUGCUCGGUUUUAUUACCGGAAGGCCGUGUGCCAGCAAAACCUGAAAAGUUUAAAGUAAAGCCACUAAUAGGCAGUUUUCAAGUCAGUUGGAAGCCUGAAAAGAGUGGAAACCUUCAUCAACAUUUUAUAAUUGCAUACAGACCAGUGCUGGGCUUAAAUUGGACAAGAGUUGAACAUUUGUCAAAUAAAGGACGCCAGACAGUUCAAGGUCUCCACGAGAAUAUGAAGUAUAUCAUAUAUAUGUAUGCACAAAAUGAUAUAGGAAAAAGUGAUGACACACUCAGUGUGACAAUUCAAACACUUCAAUCAAAUACAAUUAGUAGUCAACAACAAGACAAUAGCUUAUUUCACAAUAUAAUAGAAAAGCUGUUGAUCUCAUUAACUUCGACUCUACUUGUGAUUGUAACUUUUAUCUUGUGUUGUGUUUUUGGUCGACAAUAUCGAAGAAAUCAAAGAAAUGCACUAUCCACUCGAAAUCAAAGUAAUACAGUGAAUGGAAACGGUCAUUAUGAAGAAAUCGAUGUAGCUUUAGAAAUAAAUGUCAACAAUAGUUUAUCGCCGGGAAAUAGUCAAAUUGAUAUUCAUGAAAUGCACGAUGCCGAACAAAUGCCGAUGUCGAACUCCAUACUGACUAUACGAGAAAUUGUGGAAGAAACGAUGCGCGAUAUUUCAAUGCGAGUACUUACAGAAACAACAGCAAAAGUGGUUAGGGAGAAUCACUUAAAACUGAUAAAAGAAACAGUAAGACAAGUAUUAAGGGAGAACUACGAGUUACAACAAACCAAUACACAUUCUACCUCAAGCAUCGCAAGUGAACAUGAUACGAAUGACGAAAACGGGUAUCUGAAUCCCUACCAACCUCUGAAUAUAAAUGUUGAUAGCUGUGAGCAUCCAUAUACAGAUACAACCUUGAAGGACGAUACGCCUAACAAGAGAGAGACAAAAAACUACUCCAUUGAUACCCUUUAUUUUCAUUCUGAAAAUGCAACAUCCGAGUUGUAACAAGUUGUAUGUAUCGGAAAAUGUUUAUAUUGAUAUUCAAAUUACUUUUUAUAUUGUUAACUUUAUAUAAAGACGUAUGAUAAGGGUAAAUUUAUAAAUGUUUACAACCUUCCUUGGACUAUUCCAGACAGUUUGAGAUCACAAUUGGCCGAUAUUAAUAUCUAUUUGCGCCAGAAUAGUGGGCGCUCAUACAUGCAACCGCAAAUGCUACUUGAAAAAUCUAAACCACUCCAAUUUGUUAGCUUGUAAAAUGUGCAUCAACUUUGAAUGUUCUGAUUUGUAUAUAUUAUGUAUAUUUAAGAAUUUUUUCUGAUUAUUUUCUUUUCAAUGACAAAUUGUAAAAAUGAUAAAAGGCAAAAUACAUGUAAAAUACAAGUCAUACAAUAAAACUUCCUAUUGUAAUUCAAUGUGUGCGAUGAAAAUUCCGAAGCAUCGGUUCUUUUAUUAUACUUAUGGAAUAUUUACCACAUAACAUUGACCCCAACAUUAACCAAUUGUUGUUUUUUUGUAUCUUUGGAAUAAAAAGUAUUGUGACACGUUUACGUACAUCAAUCUUUUCAUUUCAUUUUCACUUUCCAUUUAUUGCAAAUGACGCUGUAGAUAUAUAUAUAGUCUACGAGUUCAUAAACAAACAACAUAUUGUAGACUUGUGUAUAGAGGUUUCGUUAUCUAAGUCUUCAAAACUAGUUCGUUCAGGAUGGGUACGCUAAGUUUGUUGCCUCGUGUAAAGAGUUGCACUAUUCUAUGCACGCCUAAACAUUAUAGCAACAUCUAUGUCCUGAUCAAACAUGCAAGUAUUUAAGGUGAUAGUUUAAUGUCCUACCCUUUUUCCCUUUUCUCCACCUUACAGAACAUGCA